GAGUAUAGAAAUAAGUAACGAUCGUUGAAAUCUUAUGCAAAACAGUUUCAAUAUCGAUAAAAUAAAAUUUUCAACGUAGAAUUAUAGAAAUUCGUUUCUCUGAACGUUCCUCAACUUUCGAUCGUGACCGGACGCUUCCUCGAAACCGCCCUAAAAAAAAGAUGGCGGUAACGGGACCGGUAGUAGACGUUCACUCCAAAGCAAAGUCGAACAUCGUUGUUAUUAGACGUUUAGACUUGCUACGUUAACAAUUGCAGUCUAUGAAAUAUUCUCGGCGCAAUACGAGCCCGACUGAAAUUAAACUCGACGAGAAAUAGUUGGAAUCGUAUGGUACACCACGUAUAUAUAUAUAUAUAUGUAGAUUGAAGAGCAUGUGAUUCACUAUAUGAGUCAAGCCUGCAGGAGAAGGCGCGCCUGAACCGCGCGCGUUUUCUAACUGGCCACUUCGAACGCAACUUAAAAGAAUCGGAAGGGGUUCUGACCGAGAUCGGUGUUCUGGAAUCUCGAUUUCUCGGUGCAGUUAUACCUGCUCGUAGUAUUUGUUAUCACGUGUACACGGCGCAGAGAUAAGUUGGAUAAUUAGGAUGGUUUUCUUGACGAUUUGCGAGGAGAAAAGUUAUGUUAUCGGGAAUUCCCAUGUCAAGGCAUCGGGGAAUCAUCAAGGCGAGCAUACAGGAAACAAAUCUUAUCGACGUGUCGUAUCUUAUUUCACGAGAUUCGUUCCAUCUUAUCGCAUUUAUCGGCUAUACAAAUCUGUUAAUUCCGCGCGUGGAAUGCCUUCGUAUCAUCCCCCUCGCGACCACCUCGGCUCAGAAUCGGUGAUUCACUCUGACUCAGCGGUUCGUUUCGUCGUAUUUAAUGUCCUGGAAGCGGAGAAUCAUGCGCGGCAAAAGUACGAAUAUACGCCGCGGGUUGGUCAGCCACGAUAUUCCUCCGCGUCAUGGAGCAAAACUUCCGCGAACUUGUACGGCUAUUCGACGUCUAAAUAAACCUAAGAAUGGGAAAUCUGCUCGAUACAGAUUGGCGCAAGAGCGAGGAAAGAAAACGGGAACGAGUCGAUGUUCCCCUUUGUUCUUGGCAAAGAUUUUUCACCCGAACAGACGACGGUGUUGCGUAACACGGAUCAUUGGAGACCGAAGCGACGCCAUUCUACUUAUACGAUUUUAGUCUCGAGGAAAAAAAUUGGAACCUGGAAGAAAUUGUACGAUAAAAAGGAAAAUUUGAAACGAUAUUGAGAAAAUAUUGGGAAAAAUUGAAUAUUUUCAUGAGCAGAUAUUAUUCUAAUCGUUUGAAAUAUUAGAAUUUCUGAUUUUAUUGUCAACGAGAUAUGAAGCUUUAUUAUAAGAAUAAGAUUACAUUUGAAAUAAAGUUUAGUCUAUCAUUUCUAUAAAUAAAUUAU